AAAGGCGAGGGCGGAAUCGCGCUCGCGUACGUGUUCCCUCGCGAGUGGGCGUGGGGAGCCACGCGGCGGCUCGCAAACACGCCAAAAGAAGGAGGGCUCCCGCCUCGCGCGUCAACUUCGCCACGGGUCGUCGAGCGGCCGCUUGCGCCGCCGCCAUCCGGCAAAGUGUUGCGGGCGCACGAUGUUGGUGUGGCUGACGCUCGCAGGGGGGCUGCUGCUGAUCCUCAGGGCGCACUUCCCCUACUGGCUCGACGACUGCACCUACAUCCUCAGGAGUCUCCUCAUCGCCGCGCGACUCCUCAGGUACAAGAGGAGCAAGCCGUUCUACAGCUUGCUGGACCGCUUCCUGGCGGUGGCCAGGAGCCACCCGGCCAAGACCUUCUUGCACUUCGAGGGCGAGCGCUUUUCCUACGGGGAGUUGGACCGGCGCAGCAACCGCCUGGCCCGGGUGCUGAGGCAGGAGGCGCGCCUCCGGGAGGGGGACCCGGUGGCCCUCUUUCUGGGCAACGAGCCCAACCUCGUGUGCGCCUGGCUGGGACUCGCCAAACUGGCCUGUCCGGUUGCCCUGCUCAACUUCCACAUCCGAGCCAAGUCUCUGGUGCACUGCUUCAUCCGCUCCGGGGCAAAAGUGCUGCUGACGUCAGCAGAGCUGCUGGAUGCUGUGGAGGAAGUAUUACCCGCGUUGAGAGAGGAGGGGGUCAGCGUCUACCUCUUAACAGACGCCCGAAAGAUUCAGGGCGUCGCUUUGUUGGCCGACAAGAUCUCCGAGGCCUCGGACCAACCCUUGUCAAGGGACCUGCGAGCCAACGUUACAAUCAGGAGUACCGCUUUGUACAUCUACACGUCGGGAACCACCGGUUUGCCUAAAGCCGCCAUCGUCACCCACGAGAGGAUGUGGAAAGCGUCCCUCCUCCAGUCGCUGGUCGGCGUCACCAAAGACGACGUCUUCUACGUCAAUCUGCCGCUCUACCACAGCUCAGGCUUUCUCAUCGGGUUAGCGGGCUCUAUCGAGAGAGGUAUAUCGGUCGUGUUGAAGAGGAAGUUCUCCGCUUCCCAGUUCUGGGACGACUGCCGGGAGCACAACGUGACCGUGAUGCAGUACAUCGGCGAAACCAUGCGCUACCUCUGCAACGCGCCCAAGAAGGACAACGAGAAGGAGCAUAAAGUGAGACUCGCCCUGGGUAAUGGUGUUCGCGCAGACGUCUGGUCCGACUUCCUCAGACGCUUUGGUGACAUUAAAGUCAAAGAACUGUACGCGGCUACCGAAGGAAACAUCGGAUUUAUUAACUACACCUCGAAGGUCGGUGCUGUGGGACGGGCCACGUUUUUCAACAGGUGCAUCUUCCCGUAUUUGUUGAUCAAGUUUGACAUUGAGAAGGAGGAGCCCGUCCGGAACUCUCAGGGUCUUUGCAUCAAGGCGGCCAGAGGCGAAACGGGUCUCCUGGUGGGAAAGGUGACGAAGAGGUCACCUUUCAUUGGCUACGCGGGCAACGACCAGCAGACGGAGAAAAAGAGGCUCCGCGAUGUAAUGAAAAAAGGCGACCUGUACUUCAACUCGGGAGAUUUGCUUCGCUUCGACGACGACAACUUUGUCUACUUUCAGGAUCGAGUUGGUGACACUUUCCGAUGGAAAGGUGAGAACGUGGCCACAUCAGAGGUUGCAGACGUCCUCACCACGGCGCCUUGCAUUUUAGAGGCAAACGUCUACGGUGUUAAGGUGGAAGGGAACGAAGGGCGGGCGGGCAUGGCUGCAAUCACUUUGAAACCUGGAGAAGACUUCGACUGUGCUGAUGUUUACAGGCAGGCGGUCAGCUAUUUGCCAGCCUAUGCACGCCCGCGAUUUAUCAGGAUACAGCCCUUCUUGGAGAUGACGGGCACAUUCAAGAUGAAGAAAACCAAGCUGGUGGAACAGGGCUUCGACCCGGCCCUCAUCAGCGAUCCCUUGUACUACCUCGACGCCACCAAACAGACCUUUGCCCCCUUGACGGAGGAAGUGUACAGCGCCAUAACCUCUGGCACUAUUAAACUUUAGCACAGUAAUGUCGAAAAUAUUUGUGCUUAGGCAGAUUGGCUGCUUCAAACAACUCAACUCAGGGACGGACGGACUCGCAUUCAACCACCAGACUAGCUACUGUACUUCCAGCCCUAACCAACCUUAGAAAGCACAAUUCACUACAGUGUGUUGCCAAUAAUAUUUUAUCUGCAGCAUUUCAAACACGACAGAUAUCUUGUACCAAAUGCUCUUUGAUCAUUUUUUUAAGGGUGUGUUAAUUAACAUGCUUAAACUUUGCAAGAGAUUUCUCUUGACAUCCUGUGUGAUAUUCCCUUUUAAAGCCAAACUACUUUUAAAUAAGCACUUAUGGUAAAUGUAGACUUUGAAAUGACACGACAGCUGACCCCACAGAGUAGUUUACUUGAAAAAUCUAUUUAUUUCUUUUUUUUAAUACAGUGGUAUACAUAAAAAAAAAGUGUUGCAGGGGGGUGGGAGUUUGAAACAAGAAGUCCAAAUAAAUAAUAUAAAGAACGGUCAACACAUGAAGAAAAAAAAAAUUAGUGUUGCACUGAAGUGUUAUAUCAAAAGAAAGUAGUACUGAUGUGCCAUAAUAAAUUGUCUAUUAGUACAAAAAUACAUUUCAGGGCACACAAUAAAGCAUCCAGUAUCACAAAUAAAGGAAGGGAUCAGUUGUCAUAACAGACCCCCCCGGGCCCCCAUCCAAACCCCCUUUGAGCACAUCUUUUAAAACCGUUUAAAUCAAGCACUUGUCUAUUUUAUUUUGUCUUUGUAAAUAAGAAUAAAAACUUUUCAUAGGGUUAAAAAUGCCUUACGUAGUGUAUUUAUGCAGUAUGUAGAAAAGUUGGACUUAUUACUGCUUAUGUCAGUUUCCAAGGCUCAGGGGUUUUAAUCAGAAUACAAACAUAACCAUGUAACUCCAUUGCCUUCUUUUCCUUGUUUUUUUUAAACAACCUUUUUCUCUUUUAUAAAAAACAGUAUAGAUGUACAAAAGUUCCUUUACAGAGAACCAAGGCCAUAUGCUAGCGGUAUGUACAGCCACGUUGUCCUUUUCUGCUCCUCGUAACGCUUCAUAUGCAUAGCAGGAAAACAAAGCACAACUUCCAUUUGAUCAGCGUCGUUUCGUCACGUGUGCUAGAAUCAAAGUAUAAAAAAAAAAAAAAGAAAAAGAAAAAG